CUUCAAGAACAUCAGGCAUUUCCCUCAAGAAAACGCAUUGCAGAGAAGUGCAGUCUUCUCUCAAAGCAAGAAUUCAUACUUCUCGAACUUUGUUUGCUUAAUCCUCCCCCUCCUUCAAUAAGAUUCUUUCUCUCCGUGAUUGUGAUUAUAUUUUCUUCAGUUUGCACAGUUUUCUUCCAUGAAUAGUUGCAGUGGUACCUUCACUAUAUAUGCUUUGGUCAUGCUCCUCUCUCUGUUCUCUUUGAGCGGGGAAGGGGUCUUUGCCCAAGCUUUCCUUGUAUAUCCCUUCUCGUGCGAGUAACGGGGUGUAUAGUUUUCAAUCCCUGGUGGUGCUUUAGAGAUCACUAGUCGUUCCCAAGUCACUGUUUCUGAUGGACUCGCUUCACUUUAAGAACAUCAAAGUUGAGAAAAGGGCUUACAGAAGUACUGAGAAGAACUGCCAACUGAGAAAGAUCGCGAGCUUGUUCAGGGUCAUUGAGAUAUGUGUCCUGUUGGUGUUGCUCUCGAGGUUUUCCACUCAACUGCCGAUAGCAGUCAAGAACUCGGGUGAGUAUUUCCGGGACUUGAAGGUGGUCCUGGUGAGUCCUCAGUUCGUGUUCAUCCUUGGGAACGUGAUAAUCAUCACUCUGUUCGCACAGUCCAGACGGUUCUCUGCUCGGGAUUCCACCACAAAGAACGAUCUUUAUGAUGAAUUCUUAGAGAAGAGCGAAAAGAGUCGGAACAACCGCCAAACCGAAACCCAAUUCCAGGACAAGCAAGUUAUAUGUGAGGACACCAGCGAUGACAAGCAUGUUGUCCACACGGAUGAGGUGGCGAAGACUUAUAAGAGGAGCCAAUCGGAGAACUUGCAUCACGAGAAUCGUGAGAAAGUGCACCGAGUUUUAAGGCGUUCUGUGACAGAGAAAUGCAGAGAGAGUGCCCUUUGUGCUGAGAUGGGAAAAUCGGAGAAAAAUCCUUUCCCUGAGGAUUCUUUGAGCAGUGAGGAGUUCCGUCGCACGGUGGAGGCUUUCAUCGCCCGGCAACAGAAGUCUCUGAGGGACGAGGAGUAGUCUGCGUUGUAAAAUGCUUAUAAGAUCGUAAGGUAGUCGUACAUAGUUCUAUAUUACUCUUUCCCAGGUUUUGGAACUAUGUAUAUUUCCGAAUCUUAUGCAAUUUCCCAUGGGUGUCUUUUCCUCU